CCGGCGGUGGCCACGUAGGGGGAGGCGGAGGUGUGGGUAGCCAUAAUGUCUGCUCUGUGCAUGUGUGUGCAUGGGUGUCCGAUCUCGUGGAAUCAACAGCCCGCUCACAGACAGCUUCUCUUCACGCCUGCGCUCACGCCUGCGCUCAGCACCGCCAGCAACAACAGCAGCACCACCAGCAGCAGCACCGACACCGACCCCCAGCAAGCGCUCCCAGGGACACAUUUCUGCACCCGCCCCUCGUUUCUCCCCCCUGUUUCUGCGUCCGCCAGCGUCCGCCCCCAGCCAUGGCGUCGUCCUCACCGCCCACCAUGUCGCCCUCCCGGAACUCCAUCUCGAACUGGCUCAAGCUGCUGAAGAAGUCGGACAGCUCCAACGACGUGACGUCGCCGUCGAACUCCACGUUCAACCCCAGCAACCUGGACUUGUCUGAGCCGUCCGGCGCCGCUGCAAACACGUCCGCGGCUGAGCACCACGGCUCAGACCCCCCGGCGUCCAACCUGGCCGGGGCCCCUGCCCCGGCAAAUAGCAGGCUCUAUGCGCCGACGCCAACCAAACGCACCAACUCGGGCUCCUCCCCACGCAAAAACAGCAACCCGCUAUCGCUGAACCUGCUGUCGCCGCAGAAGUCCGGCACCCCGCAGCCCUUGUCCUCCUCCCCGACGCCGUCCAGGCCCUUCCUCGGGUUCAAGUCCCGCUCCUCACACUCGUUCCGACCCCUCUCCCAGUUCUUGGACCCCUCCUCCAGCAGCCACCAGGACCACCACAGCAGCAGCGGCGCCGCCAGCGGUACCGCCAGCGACACUCCCGACGACCCAAACGGACGCUUGAGGUCCCACAGGGACUCCUUUCUCCAGCAGCGCCAGCUGGACGUGAUUGGAAACUCCUCCAUCUUCGGCUGCGACAUAGAGUCUUCCACCAAGCUGGCCCACGGAACCGUCUAUAUCUCCGCAGACGUGCCGGCUAACACCGCCGACGACACCACCACCACCACAACCGAUAGCGAUGCCAAUACCCGCACAUCAACCUCUCCCUCCACCAAGCACCUGAACGUCGCCUACGGCCAGGUCCCUCUAGUGAUCGUCUCUUGCGGCUCCUACUUGAAGGCCAACGCCUUGAAUGUGGAGGGUGUGUUCAGGCUCUCCGGCUCCAACAAAAGAAUCAAACAUCUCCAGAUGAUUUUCUCCACUCCCCCGGAUUAUGGCGCAAAGAUCGACUGGGACGGAUACACCGUACACGACGCAGCCUCUCUCUUGAGGCGUUAUCUGGGAUCACUCUCCGAGCCCCUCAUACCCUUCAACCUCUAUAACUCGUUCAGAGAUCCACUAUUGGAAAAGAAGGAGCUUUUCCUCUACCUCAAGGAAAAAGACAGCAAGGGAGCCCUCCAGGUCAAACCGGACAAACAAAAGCGUCGAGUAAUAGUCGCCCAGCGCCGCCGCCUCUUGAAGGAAUACGCUCUUCUAUUCCAGAAACUACCUCCAAUCCAGCACAGAGUGCUUUUCUACUUGGUGGAUAUGCUUGCAAUGUUCAACUUGAAGUCCGACAAAAACAGAAUGCCUGCCAAAAAUUUGGCUGCAAUCUUCCAACCGUCUAUCUUGUUCCAUCUGGAUCACGAUAUGAAUCCAGAAGAGUAUGCGGCAAACAGCGUGGUCAUUGAAUUCAUGAUCACUUACUCGCAUAAAAUCUUGGUCAUUGUCCAACGUGAAAAGCCUAGCCCCCCGCUGGAGUCAACACCAGCACAAGCAAAAAAUGAAGCUAUCAGCUCGUCCAGAAUCCCCACCGACAAUUACGAAAAAAUCGUAGAAGAAGCGGAUGAACUGGACGACUUGGACGAAAUGGACGAAUGUGGUGAGGCUCAUGCUGAUACGAAAGCCUCAAAUGAACAACACGAUGAAAAUGUCAAAGUCAGUAAUGAAAAUUAUCACCCCAUUACUAGCGACGCUUUCACUCACAUCAAACCAGCAAUAACUGUUGAAAUACCAGCAGAAAGGACUUCUCCAAAUUCGAAAACGCAGAGUCAAAUACUUUAUCAUCCUAACGAUAGCAGAUCUUCACCACUUAGAGGCUCUCCACUGAGACAAGUGUUUACACCGGUGAAUGAUAACCAUGAUAUUUCUGGCUUGGAAAAUUUAGGAGCACCCGUAACGCUAUUUUCAAGCCCAAGAGUGACCCGCUCACGGCCUCAUAGCAAAUCAUUAUCACAUGUCCCUCACAGUGAGGUUGUAAGGAUACCGGCUUCUUGUUCAACCUCAUCGAAUUUUAAAGCUUUGGGAAGUACCGAUGAUAACUUGAGUCGAAUAAUGUCAAACCAAAGUGGUGUCUCUUCCCUCUUAUCUUCCAGAUUAGGAUCAGAGACGGCAGAAGGGACAACUAAUAGAAUCGAUAACGCUCUGGCCCCAGCAGAUGGGAACAACCUUAUAAAUGAAUUAGGACUACAUCAGCCAGAUGCAAUUCAUGAGGGCCAAGUGGUAUUCAUUGAUAACUCCAGUGAGGUAAGUUGCUUAGCAAAACCACCUGGAUUGCAAAACCCUUCAGAUUGCCCCGAUUAUGAUCAUAAAAUUCACUCGUUUAUUCCUCCAAUAUCUCCAACCACGGCCACAAUGAGUCGAGAUGAUACCCCAGAUGUGGAAAACAUGUCUAAGAACUUUCAGAAUAAUUCCAAGAAUCUCACUCAAUCAGAAACUUCACAUUCGAAUAAUACGGGUGUGAAUAGCAUCGAUGAGUACUAUUCCCUUCAUGACGAGGAGAAGCGUAGCAAUAUGUCUACAGCCAGUGAUUAUGACACCGAUAGUAUGAUUGGCACAAACGAAGAUACAGGCAAGUCAUCAAAUUCUUUGGCCUUCUCGUUCCAGCCUUCUCUGUUACAAGGUCACAAGAGCAAUGAUGAUAUGCAUCUACUCAAUACUCGAGCACGUGAUAACUCACGGGCAAACUCGAAGAAUCUUGACGAUUCAUCACAGAAUCAACGGGAGACUUCUCCUUUCCUAGACUACAAGGUUGUUCAAUAUUCUCACCCUGAUAUUGUCAAUGAUCCAUCUCUUCUUCGGAAGACUGCAACUACUCCUUCUUUCGGCAGUACAAAUGCAAGUCUUAAUGACGAGUCGGGUGUGAUAAGCAGUAAGAAGAGAUCCAACUCGAUAAAUGCGUCCGAAGAUAAAGGUACUGGUAACUCUGGAACAAAUAAACAGUCCGGUAUAUUUUCAAUUGUUGCAACACAUAUGCCCAACUCAAAUACCAAUCGCAACGUUGUGUCAUCUUCAGAAAAAGCAAGUCAUUCUUCUGGGAUUUCUAAGUCCAAUUUGAGGGAAAAGGGCAAAGGCAAAAAGGAAACCAUAGAAAAAGGCAAGGAUGUCAAAAGCAAAGAAAGGUCCAAAGACAGGGAAGAAGAAAACUUCAAAGACAAAGAGAAAAUUAAAGACAAAACAAAAGAAAAACGGACUUGGUUCGAUAAAUUGAAAAACAGAUCCAAUGCAAAAAGACUUUAGUAACAGCUUUUCAGGUUACAGCAGGUAUGUACAUAUAAUAGGUGUCUUUCUCUAAAUUUUUUUCUUCUUUUUUCAUUUCCGCUACGUAUUUUUUUUUAUGUAAAGUAGUAAAACCACAACAUUUUAAUAAUGGAUUAAACAUACU